AUGAUACCCCAUAGAACACCAAGUAUUUCCGAUGCAUCGUCAUCAUCAGCUCAAGAGUCCUCUCAAACAGGCGGCCCUCGACGAUUACUCCCAGCCUCUCGUCCCCAGCCUGCUGAAAGCUCUACUCACUAUCAAACUGCUCCCCUAGCAAAAAAGCGAGCUCCAACGGCCUUGGCUUGCGAAUCGUGCCGACAGAAGAAAAUAAAGUGUAACGGAGCUCGUCCUGUAUGCUCUCAAUGUCGCGCACGGAAAUCCGACUGUGUUUACAGAGCGACGCCAGACACAGACUAUCGUGGUAAAUACGAGGCACUUCUAGAAUCACACCCUGCAGCGGUCGUAUAUCGAGCUAUUCAAACAAGGUCACGACCUGAAGCACUUGAAAUCGUUCGACGGAUUCAAUCUGGUGUCGAUGCCGAAACUUUGAUGCGCCAGCUUUCAAGCGCCGAUUUACUCCUCCAAGUACAAUUAGAGCCAGAAACAAGAUCGCGAUAUCAGUUUAUCUACUCACCGCUCAUGCCUACAUAUCUCCAGACUGAGGAUAACCCCUUCAUGAGAUCUCUUAUACAUGAGUGGAGCACAAGAGAUGAUCUUGUCAGUAUUGCCUCCCCGGCUUUCACAGACACAGAUUUGGGAUACAGGGCACAGUAUUUGAGACCUCAUCAUGCAGCAACCAUCGUUGACUCUAGACUGGAUGAGAUAGUACCUUCGAGAUGGACUACUGCGGGUGUUAGCGAUGAUACUAUGAGGAAGCUUAUACGUGCAUAUUUCCUUCAAGAAUACGACUGGUUCACGUUUUUCCAUAAGGACUAUUUCUUAGAGGAUAUGAUCAGUGGAUCCAAUACAUUUUGCUCGCCACUUCUCGUCAACGCUAUUUUAGCAGUUGGAUGCCAAUGUCGAAACUAUGUAUCCGAGCCCGCAGAGUAUUGGAACCCCAAUAGUCUUGGCUAUAAAUUCCUCGAAGAAGCGAGAAGGCUAUGGAUAGUUGAGGUGACGCAUAACAGAAGUUUGACAACCCUACAAGCAGCACUUGUUCUAAACACUAUCGUCAACAUGUUUGAUAUGGAUCCUUUAUCAUCGGCAUUUCUCGUACGGUCAAUAGAAAUAGCUCAUGAUUUGGGGUUAUUCGAGCCAACAACAUACAUCAUGAACAAGAAGUUGAGAAACUCAUAUGAUCUUACAGCCUGGUCUUUGUUUCACUGGCAAUGUACAUUGAGUUACCAAUUUAUGACACAGCCGUUGCUGAAAACACCACCAAAAACUCCGCUCCCCGAUCCUGACCGCGACCCAGAUUGGUUUGGUGAAAUAUGGCUGAAGUACCCUUCGAGCUCGACACUGGUGCCACUGAAGAUUGGCUUAGUCUUUAAAGCAAAGAUGACCUUUAGCGUCGUUCUGAACGAGGCCAUGCUAGAAGUUGAAAAAGAUUCAACUGAUUCUUACCUGCGCCAAGAUGGGGGUAACAAGAUCAUUGAGAUCGCGGAAAGGUUGGAUACAUGGUAUAAAUCGAUGCCAGAGCCACUUUCACCGACAAAGAUUGUGUCGCCUUCACAACUUAAAAUACAUCUCCAUUAUUGCUAUGUUAUUGUUCAACUUUACGAAAUUCUCGCACUGGGAGGGCAGAGACAAGCCCUAAACCUUCCCAUCGAAGAAGAAGUGCUUCAAGAGAGCCUUUCAAGAUAUCGAGGCUACUUUGAGACUAUUCUACGAAUUCACUAUCUUCGACAUAGCUUCGAAUACGGAAACAUGAUGCUAACACGCUUUCUCGCAAUGCUAGCAUUUCUAUCCCUCAACAAAAUCGAAUCCUUGACGACAUCCACCGAGCCGGGACAUAUCAUAACGGGAUCUGGAUUAGAUGUCGGAGACAAUGAUCCCAAGGAAGCAAGGGCUACGCUUUUGAUCGCCCAGAAAGGCCUCAGUGACCAAGGAAGAGGCUAUUACCUACCGAAGACAUUGUUACGGGAUGUUCUGGCGAAUAUGACGCCGAGUGACGCUACAAUUCUUCAGAGCUUUAUAACUAUUCCACCUGAAGGGCCGGAGAAGACGCAGGAGAGGAAGAUGUAUAUGGAGAGCCAUUGUCCUCCGGAUAUUCUGCGUAUAGCGAAUGAUCCGAACAGGCAGCCGGAUGGGAACUGGAUUCGGAGCUUUGCGAUGUUGACGCUUGGAGAGAAUUCUGGACGGUCGAUUUUGGGGAUGAUAUCUGGAGGGAGGAAAAGCUAG